CCACUCUGUUCAAAGAGAGUUAGUUUCCCCAAGUAUGGACAAAUUCAAGAUGAAGGACGACAAGUACACGAGACCCGAGCAUCAAGAAAUUUUAGACGAAUUCACUCGAGUUCGAGAUGCAUACGUGGCUUUAAAAACUUACUGCGACUCUCAAGAGGAAACAGUGAAGAUAGAAAACGAGCGGUUAGAAAGAAUGAAAGGGAAUUUGGAAAGACUAUCGAAAGUAUGUCUGCUUCUCGAGAAUCGAUACAAGUUAAUAGCGGAAGAAAUGCAAACAGAGAACGCGACUCUUCGUAAAACGGUCCAAGACUUGAAGGAACAGUGCAACCACUUGCGUCUGAUCGUCGCUGACCGUAAUGGCGACUACGAACAAACUGUCAGACUACAGGACGAGGUCGAAGUUCUGAAAGGUCAAUUGCUGCUUCAACAAGAGAAAUACAGGGAAGAUGUUGCCUCGCUGAUUCACCGACACUCUGACGAGAUUCAGAAAUACAAAGUGUUGCUAAUGAACGCCAAGCAGAAUGCCGUUUCCGUAACCUUUAACCUUCUUAUUAACAUUGACAAUUCCAUAGAAUACGACGGCUAAUCAUUCAAUGUUCCAUCUCGUAAAAUAUUGUGCGAUUUGUGUAUCAUACAGGUUCAAAAUAAAAAGAGAGGACAAACAAAGGACUCGAAUAAAAGCAACAAGAGUACAACGUGUUUCAGGUGGCCAGAGUUGGACAUAGAAAAGACUAACAGCACCUCCAUGGAUAUCGAGGAAGAAGUCGUUAAAAAUGGUACAAGAAACAAGAAAAGAAAGUUAUUUCACGAAGAUAACGACACUGCGAUUAAUAUCGUUUAAAAU